AGACGCCGGGCGCGCGCACGCUCCCUCGAGCUUAACGGUCGCGAGAGGCGCUCGCCCGACACUGACAUCGGCAGUGUGAACGGCGGCCAGCAUCAUCGCAUUUCAAGAUCCAUCUGGAUCUACUGCAUCCGGAUUAACUCAACGGGGGAAAUUAUAGAUGGGGUUGCAGGCCGAUCCGCGUCCCUGGAGAGCUUGUGUUUUCCUGCUGGAAGAGCAAGACUCUCCUGGGACCUUCAGACAUUUCACAGUCUGAAUGUCAGCAGCUGAAAAUGCCUUUAGACGAUGAAGCAUCUGAAGAUGACUCAGAUUCAGUUUCUUCAAACAGUGCAAGAGCCUACAUUUUCCAGUGAGAGAGUGUAACAAUUUCUGUACGCUAUGGAAGAUUUUGACUUGGGGAAACCCUUACAAAAAGCUUCAUCUUCUGUAGAAUCUGAUAUAAAAAAUUCUCCCCAUUCUCUUGGACUGAACUUAAGUACUAAUAGAAGUAGUCCCCACCUUAGUACAAAUGGGGUAUCCUCUUUCUCAGGGAAGACCAGACCAUCUGUAAUUCAAGGUACAGUUGAAGUCCUAACCUCUUUAAUGCAAGAGCUACACAACAGUGGAAAGACUGAUUCGGAACUUUGGAAAAACUGUGAGACCAGGUGGUUACAACUAUUCAGGUUGGUGGAAAAACACUGCCAGGAGCAGAUAGAUGCCCAGCAGGAACAGUUCCACAGCCAAAUUCAACGUAUACAGAAGGAGAUAAAAAAUUUAGUCAAGUUACAGACCAAUAAUGCUUCCUGGGCUUCCUGUGAUAGAAGUUCUUUAAGCAGACAAAUAUCUUCAGAAAGUCAAAUGGGUUUUUUUUCUGAAAACAGUGAGAGAAAUGAAUCUGUUAUCAGUUAUCCCAAGUCUAAAGAACCUGAAAUGCAGCGAGAAACAUCCAUGUCACAACCAGACUGCAAUGUGGAUAGUAGCUCAGUGAGCAGUGGGUAUGGUACCUUUUGUGUCUCAGAACUAAAUACCUACAAAUCUAAGGACGCUCAAGAGUUCAUGGAGCACGCAGAGGUUUCUAAAGGACAGUUUGGAGCACCGGUGGUGCAAAAGGAGUCACUUGCAGAUGGUGUGAAAAACCAGAGUUUUUAUAUACAUACAAAUGAAGAAUUUUGUGCAUCUUUAAAGGAAGAUACUCCCAUUUUUCCUGGUGAAUUUGAACACAGUUUUCUUGGUGAAAAUAAGAUUUCGGAAGUAUACAGUGGAAAAACAGAUAAUAAAUCUAUAACAUCAUGGGCUCAAAAGCUGAAGCAGAACCAACCAAAGAGAGCACAUAAAGAAGAGGGGUGUCUAAAACCUAUGCAAGGAAAUGAGCAAACCAAGAAAUCACCAAUGGAGAAAUCUGAUUUCACUGCUGCUACACAUUCUCGAGCUUUUUACCUCAACAAACCAGAUGAGAGUCCAAAUUGUUGGAUGUCUGAUUCAGGAACAGGACUGACUUACUGGAAACUGGAGGAGAAGGACACGUAUCACUCUCUGCCUGGGACUCCAGCCGCCUCCACGGAUACGUCACCAAGCCAGUCUAAUACUAGUAAUGAGAUGAAGCUACCAUCACUGAAGGAUAUUUAUUAUAAAAAACAGAGGGAAAACAAGCAGUUACCUGAGAGGAAUCUCCCUUCUGCUUCCAACCCAAAUCAUCCACCGGAGGUACUGACUCUACACCCAACGUUACACCUGAAGCCAAGUCAGCAGAUUUCAGGGAUUCAGCCACAUGGCUUUUUGAAUGCCCUUGAUGACAGAAUAUCCUUCUCACCGGACUCCGUUCUAGACCCUAGUAUGGCUAGUCAGUCUGACAUAGACUCGUUUUCACAAGCAAGUCAUGUUACUUCUCAGUUAUCUGGAUUCCCAAGAUAUCCUUCAAGUACAAAAGUGUCUCCGGUGGACUCUUGGAAAAAUCAUGCAUUCCAAAAUGAAAGUAGGACCAGUUCCACGUUUCCUGCAGUAUAUACUAUUGGUAGUAACGACAUCUCAGUCAACAGUGUAGAUGAAGAAAACACUGGCCUGGUACCUUUUGCCUCAGUCAGUCAGUCCCAGCUUCCAGGUACAGCCAGUGGUGUCCCAGAAUGCAUUUCACUGACUUCCCUGGAAGAUCCUGUGAUAUUGUCUAAGGUUAGGCAGAACCUGAAGGAAAAGCAUGCUCGACACAUCGCAGAUCUUCGAGCUUAUUAUGAGUCAGAAAUAAAUAGUUUGAAACAGAAACUGGAGGCAAAAGAAAUUCCUGCAGUUGAAGAUUGGAAGAAAACCAAUCAAAUUCUUGUAGACAGAUGUGGCCAGUUAGAUAGUGCUCUGAAUGAAGCUACUAGUCGUGUGAGAACACUUGAAAAUAAGAAUAACUUGCUGGAAAGAGAAGUGAGUGAUCUUAGAGAACGCUUCAGUGCAGCCAGCAGUGCCUCCAAAAUUCUGCAGGAACGAAUUGAGGAAAUGAGAACAAGUAAUAAAGAAAAAGACAAUACCAUCAUUCGACUGAAAUCUAGGCUUCAGGAUUUAGAAGAGGCAUUUGAGAAUGCUUACAAACUCUCAGAUGAUAAAGAAGCAAGACUAAAACAAGAAAAUAAAAUGUUUCAAGAUCUUUUAGGAGAGUAUGAGUCCCUUGGAAAAGAACACGAAAGAGUAAAGGAUACAUUAAAUAAAACUGAGAACAAAUUGCUUGAUGCACACACUCAGAUUUCUGAUUUGAAAAGAACAAUUUCAAAACUUGAAGCUCAGGUCAAGCAAGUAGAGCAUGAGAAUAUGUUAAGUCUUCGUCAUAAUUCUAAAACUCCUAUGAGACCCUCACGUGCCAACACACUGGCGAGCUCCGACGUCAGCCGGCGGAAGUGGCUGAUCCCGGGAGCAGAGCAUUCCAUCUUCACUGGGCAGCCUCUGGACACGCGGGACAGCAAGGCAGACAGCCAGCCGGAGGACACCUGCCUUGCUGGGUACCAUUCUCCUCUGGAAAAGGAUCCUUCACCUGGAAGUUCACCAACAAGUUUAUUGAUAAAAAAACAAAGAGACACUUCAGACACACCAAUCAUGAAAGCUUUGAAAGAACUUGAUGAAGAAAAAGUAUUUAAAAAUUGGGGCACACAGACGGAGAAAGAGGAUACCUCAAAUAAAUUAGUGACUCCUCGGCUAACUGACACUUCAGUCAAUGCAAGUCGGUCCCCAGAGAAAGGUGCCCAGCAAAGACAAAAGAGAUUUAAUUCUGCUUCACAGAGAUCGUCAUCUUUACCACCUUCAAAUCGUAAAUCAAGUACUCCAACAAAAAGAGAGAUUAUGUUAACACCAGUGACUGUGGCUUAUAGUCCAAAGCGAUCCCCUAAAGAAAAUUUGUCCCCAGGAUUUAGUCAUCUACUUAGCAAAAAUGAAAGCAGCCCGAUUCGAUUUGAUAUACUUUUGGAUGAUUUAGAUACUGUUCCUGUGUCUACAGUACAACGUCCCAAUCCAAGGAAACAACUCCAGUUUCUUCCUCUAGAUGACUCAGAAGAAAAAAAAUACUCAGAAAAAACCACUGACAUCCAUGUUAAUCAUAGCUCUUCCCCCGAACCGUUGCCAAGUGGAGUGAAGAAAGUCUCUGUGAGAUCAGCCUGGGAGAAGAAUAAAUCAGUUAGCUAUGAACAGUGUAAGCCUGCCUACGUACCACCACAGGGUAAUGAUUUUGAGUAUACAGCAAAAAUUAGGACCCUAGCUGAAACGGAACGGUUUUUUGAUGAACUUACAAAAGAAAAAGACCAGAUUGAGGCAGCACUAAGCCGAAUGCCUUCUACUGGAGGACGAAUCACUCUGCAGACAAGGUUGAAUCAGGAAGCCUUGGAAGAUCGCUUGGAGAAGAUUAAUCGAGAGCUGGGUUCACUGUGAAGAGGGACACCAAGGAAAAUCCUUUCAGCCGUCUUUCCCUUUGGUAAUGCUUAACGUACAAAUACUCCAGUUAAAAAUAACCUGAAAGCUGGAGAGGUGGCAAGCUUAAAAAGCACCUGUUGUUGCUGUGUCUGGGGCUGAGCUGCAGUUAGUGAAAAACCUAAGUGAAUCUUCCACUUCUGGGAAGUGCCUUUUAAAAUGCAAGUAGAGUUACUGCUCUCCUUUCCCCUGGAUCUACCCCCUUCCUUUCCCUGAAAAGCCUCCUGAGGUGGGGGGAAUGUCCUCUGUCCUUCGAGGGUCCCAAGUAGAUGUAGCUACUAGGCAGCGCUAGGACUGUAGCAGCUGGGCAGGGGACAGGCGAGCCAGACAGACCUGGGUCACACCCUGCUCAGGGCCGCCUUCCUCCAAGUAAAGAUAAGAAGCUGCCUUCCAUUGUGAGAGCUUAUGUAAAGUGCCUGGUGUCUAGUAAGUUUUCAAUAAACAGUACAUUUCUGAUUCAUUCUGGGUUAUUAAAUAGGCUUUUGAAGUAGCGAUUUCAGUGCUUUCUUAGAAAAGUAGACUGUGUCCCCAGCAAUUGACUUAAAAACUGCCUUGAGUUGGUUGACAUUUGUUAGGUGGUCUAAGCUGUUCUCUCCAUCUUUUUGCAAAAAAUGAGCUUUCUUAGAGUUUAAGUGAGCUGGGCUCAUUUAGAGUUUAAAUGGUGUGCUUUUUUUAAUGAGUAAUUGAUAACUUGGCUAGUGUAAGUUCAGAAGCCCUGUGAUCUUAAGUAAAGUAGAUGAUUUGGGGGUUAUUUGAUAUAGGCUGUUUUACCAAAAAAAAAAGUAUUGCCAAUGUAAUCAAAAUAAUUGCACCUUUGAGUGUUCCAUAAUUAGACUUCUAAAGGUGCUGGCCUGUGACACAGGAGCACAUGAAGGAAGUGGCUGCCACUGAACGUUUGGAAGAUCUAUAUGAAGAUUAUGAUUUGCUUUUGGAGUUUGAUAAGCAACCAAAAUUUGUUCCCCUUUUUAACUCAGAAAAGCCAGGUGUUUUGCUGAAUGCUAUUUGAAUUCUGAACUCUGUACUUAUAAAUGUAGAAAAGUUAGACAUUUUUGUCAUUUUAAUUUUUAGAUAUCUCAAAAGCAGUUUUCACUAAAUUUUAAUGUGCCAUUUGUGCUGUGAAUCUCUAAGCAGCUUUUUAAAAAAUAAAUACAUAUCUAGAGCCCUUUAGGAAUCAUAAAGGUAAAUCGUAUUUACCCAUCAUAAGUGAUUGUACAUGGUUAUGAGAUUUGCAGGUCUAAUUAAACCAAUUAUAUUGCACAGAUUUUGCAGGAGAUAAUUUCCUGCCUUGCCAAGAGUUCUGUGGCAGUUUAAUACUAUAUUAAACUACACCAGUAUUCUUAGGACCUGUUUGUUAAGCCUUCCCCUUUUGAUUUGUGUUUUAUUUCAGCAGACCCCUCUCAAAUAGGAGGAAUCAAGCCAUAAAUUUGCAUUUGCUGGACAUUAUAUGUCAUGUCAUCGCUGUGACUACAGACUUCAAAGAUAAUGUUUUAUUCACAAUUUCACUGUAACAGUGACCAAUAUAAUGUGAGAAAUUUGCUUCCUAUAGUGCUGCUGACAUUAGACAAAGACCAGUGCUUGUUGCAGUUUUUAAAUCUAGUCAAAUGCUGGAGUAAUGAAAUUGUAAGCUCCAUGAGAGCAGGGACCAUCUCCCCUUCAUUCUUGAAUACAGGCACUUAAUAAAUAUUUGUGCAUACAAAUAA